CUAUAUAAGCCCUCCUUGGAUCCCCCACUUCGCACCAGAGUCAUCUUUAUAGUAUCAUAAGACUUGGCAAAGAUGACUUCUUCUAAGCUUCUUCUUGCUUUGUUUCUUGGUGCACUUGUUUGCGCCACCAGUACUGCUAGGAAGCUCACGAGUGGGUUCGAGGAUGAGAAAAACUUCUUUCAUAGUCCGAGAUUUGGUGGUGGCUUAGGAGGAGGUGGUGGAGGUGGGUUAGGAGGUGGAGGAGGGUUAGGUGGUGGAGCUGGAUUUGGUGGGGGUGCAGGUGCAGGUGCAGGUGCUGGUGGUGGGUUAGGUGGAGGUGGCGGUGGAGGGUUCGGAGGCGGCGGUGGACUAGGUGGUGGUGGUGGAUUUGGAGGCGGUGCUGGUGGAGGGUUCGGAGGUGGAGCUGGAGCAGGAGGUGGAUUAGGUGGUGGUGGUGGAGCAGGAGGUGGAGGCGGGUUCGGUGGUGGUGGUGGACUUGGCGGUGGAGCUGGCGCUGGCGGUGGGUUUGGUGGCGGAGCUGGUGCAGGUGGUGGCCUUGGAGGAAUCCCAUGAAAGACAUGCUAAAAGAAGAAAAAUAUAAUCUCUCUCUUAUAUAGUUCACUUAAUUUCAAAUUAGUCAAGUACUAGUCAAGAAUCAAAAUGUACGAUAUUGUGAUCGUGUGCUACAUUGUUGUUAAUCAUGAUCAAUUGUUCUAUUGUGAUGUUUAUGUUUGUUCCAAAUGUUAAUGAAAGAAAGAAAUAAACUCAUUAUUAAUGCUGGCUCUUUGAUCCUUA